AUGGCUGACGAUGGAAUGCUUAUGAACUUUGAGCUGGGAGGUGGACCGCUCAAGCCGCAAGUCAAGUUCACAGGUGGAAACUGGAGAGAUCGGAAGCGGGCGCAGAAGAGCGCAAAACUCGGCUCACGUCCAACAGCCGAGAAAGGAAGUCAUGGUGACGACCAGCGAUCCGCAAAGAGACAGAAAUUGGAUGGCCAUGGACCUGGAAGACGCACCGAAGACGAUUCAGAACACGGCGGAGAUUACCCACGAAAGAAAACGGCAGACCAUGGCCACGCCCCCGGGCAGAAGAAGGGCCCCGGACCGGGUCGCCAAGUCGUUUCUCGCCUAUUCUCCUUCAACCCGGAGCAGAAGACGACGUUUGAAGACGAGACCGAGUGGAAGGAACCAGAGCCGACAAACGCGCCACUGCUGACAGUCGCUAAUUUUGGAUCAUUGACAAUAUCCUCCCGACUCGUCGAGGCGCUCGCCAAGAUGAACCUUGAACGCCCGACCGCAAUUCAACAGAAAGUCAUCCCACACAUGCUGUCGAGCAGCUCAGAUGCCUUUGUCCAGGCCGAGACGGGCUCUGGAAAAACAUUUGCCUACCUUCUUCCCAUAUUGCACCGAGUUCUCCUCCUCAGCGGAAGCGGCGAGAAGCAGAUUCACCGAGACUCGGGUAUCUUCGCUAUCAUAGUUGCGCCGACACGUGAACUUGCCAAGCAGACACAUACAGUGCUAGAGCAGCUAAUCAGGCCGUUCCCAUGGUUGGUUUCCACCGCCAUCACUGGUGGAGAGUCCAAGAAGGCAGAGAAAGCCCGUCUGCGGAAGGGCGUCAACUUCUUGGUCGCAACCCCCGGACGAUUGGCCGAUCACAUCGAUAAUACCAAGGCUCUCAACCUGGGCACUGUAAGAUGGCUUAUUCUUGACGAAGGAGACCGACUGAUGGAUCUGGGAUUCGAAGAGGAUCUGAAGAAAGCCAUCAAUGCUCUCAAACAAGUGCAACUGUCAAAAACGCUUUCUUCUGGAGUGUCUCUCGAGCCCCUCCCGGAUCGAAGAGUCACCGUCCUGUGCUCUGCUACUAUGAAGAUGAACGUACAGAAGCUUGGCGAGAUGAGUCUUGCUGACGCUACAUUUUUGGCUGCCGAAAAGGGCGAUGAGACCGUCUCUGAAAAGAAGGAUGACCAAGCUGUUCACAAAGCUCCAGCGCAGUUGCACCAGUCGCAUAUCAUUGUGCCUGCGAAGCUGAGGCUGGUCACGCUCAUAGCCUACCUCAAGUCUGUGUUUUCUCGCCGUGGUCACACAAUGAAGGCCAUCAUCUUCAUGUCCUGUGCCGACACCGUCGACUUCCAUUACGAACUUCUAAAGAUCCCCGACAGCGGGGAUGUACCUCCGCCAGCUUCCAAGGACGCAGAGAACACGUCCAAGACCGUUGCAAAGGCGGCAUAUAUCACGUCUCCUGCAAGCCCCGAGGUGGUGCUGCACAGGAUGCAUGGUUCUCUUUCGCAGCCAGUUCGCACGGCGACCUUGCGAUCAUUCUCGGCUUGCAAGUCCCCCUCUCUCCUGAUCACCACAGAUGUCUCGUCUCGUGGUCUGGACAUUCCUUCGGUUGAUCUGGUCAUUGAAUAUGACCCUGCCUUCAGCUUUGCCGAUCACAUCCAUCGAAUUGGACGAACAGCGCGAGCUGGAAGGUCUGGUGAUGCAGUCAUCUUCCUCCUUCCAGGCACAGAGGAGGGCUACAUUGAGCUCCUCAAGGCCUCUGGAUCACCGACGCCACUGUCAUACGAGUCUGUACUGCAGAAGGGCUUUAUGACGAAAUUGGAGUUUCCCGUAGAAACAACGGCUAAGCCCGAAGAUGGGAAGAACUAUCACGAAAAGGCAGAAACUCUACAGCUUCACUUGGAACAACGACUUCUUAUCGAUCCUAAGCGACUUGAAAUGGCGAGGAACGGAUUCAAGUCUCACAUCAGAGCAUAUGCGACACAUACUCGAGAAGAGCGCGUUCACUUCGACAUCACUGAGUUGCAUCUGGGACACGUUGCGAAAGCCUAUGGAUUACGUGACCCGCCCGGAGGUAUUGGAGCUGGUAUAGAUCGCAAGGCGCAGAAGGGGAACAAAGAUUCAGGGAAGAGGACGGCCAAGGGGGCCAAGGGCGCCAAGAAGGAUGAAGAUAGUGACGAGGACAGUGAUAGGCAGGAGCCCACGAAGCCGGCGAGGGCCAUGCUCAUGCGUAAGAGUAGGAUGCUCAUGAGUGGUGCUAGCGAGUUCAACAUUGGGUAG